UUGCAAAUAUAAUCAAUCGUCAGAACAAAUAAAACUUGUCAGCACCAGUAAAUUUCCUGUGAAUUGUAUUUUUUCCAUAGCAACAAUACCUAUCUACUAAGUACUAAAAAACUGGAAACAUGAACAUGGAAAACAGUGGAAUAUCGAAUAAUCAAACCACCAGCGGCUUCAUAGACGAUUAUUCCCAUCUCCGCUUAUCCUAUUAUCAGCUACGGGGCAGGAAUAAUUCAUUAUCAUUCGAUCAGUCAAACCGUGAGUCUCAAGAUAGUCAAGAUAACUCAGCACUGAACCAUACAGCGAGAAUAGAUGUUUCUGAAUGUGAAUCUGUCGUUGUGCAAGAUAUAUCAAUACAGAAUCAUGCCUGCACUAUGAGAAUGGGUGUAUCUGGAUCCGAAUCACCGGUGCAAGAUAUAGAAAUAGAACGGCAGCGUCGACGUGAAUAUUACAUAUCCCAGAUACCGGAUUUGCCUCAUCCGUCGUACACUAUGGCGUCAAUAAUAGCGGCUAAGUCCCGCCAAAUGGGCGGUAAUUUUGCCUACAAUAACAGAAUUGAACAGGGCAAGGCAGAGAUGGAUUUUUCGCCGCGUGAUAGAUCAACUAUGCUGCCUUGUCAGUUUAAACGUCAGAAUUAAAGCUAUUUAUGUGUAUUGUCAGCUUGCUUCUAAGUGAAAAACGGUGUUGGUAUAUGUUCGGAUUUGUAGAUGUAAGAUAAUGUAGUAAAUUGUAAUCAACGGAAAAAGGAAUUAAUUGUACAUAGACAAUCACAAUAAUAUAUAAUAAAUCCUGAAAAUCUAAUUAUAAGAAUAAUUAUAUAGGCAUGUUAAUUAUAAAUGAAAUAUUAUAUUACGACUUUAAAAUUUAUUUGUACUUUUGUUUUUAUUUACCGCUACAGUAUUUCUUUAUUAUUUUAUUCAAUAUAACUUGACAUAGGAAAUAUAUCAUGUCGAUGAAAUAAAUACAUUAAAAUACAAUUUACAAGGUUAAUUUUAAGCUUAACUACGAGAUUUCUUUUUGCUAUUUCCCUGGCAUGUCUACGGAUGAAA